CCGCUUCCGCCUUCUUUAACUCCCCUCCCUACCCCUAGUGCUUUGGCCGGUUUGAGCUGGUUGAAGCUGGUUCUGUUCCUUCUGGCGGUGUGUAGGAGACUCUGGCCACCCUGCUGCCCUCGUUCCUAGCGGUUUGAUUCCUGUACUUCUCUGAGCCCCGCCCGGAAGUGGAGCGGCUGUCUGUGGAGCGUGGCUCGUGGCGCAUAUGCUUGUGUGUGGCCAGCAGAGGGUGCUCGGGUCCCACGGUCCAGCUUGGCGGGCUACACGCGCCCGCCCGCCCGGUCUCCCGCCCUCUCUCCUCCCCAGCACCCUCCCGCCCGCGUGGCUGUUACCGGGUGAACGCGUGAGCUCCUGAGCUCUUAAAAGAGCCCUCCUCCCCUUGCUCUUUGCGCAGACGUUCCACUUUGGGGCGUCUGUGUCCGAGGGAAAGCGGGUGGGUCCUCGGGACCCGAAAGGGGGGGACAAGAAAGUUAAGGGGGCGUGGGUGAGCCUAGAGAAAGAAGGUGGACAACAUCGGAAAAGUAAGGGAAACAAACCCAAAAAGUAAGCAAAGUGGCCCAACUUGGGCACGGGAUGGAAGGGAAGGAGAUGGAGGGGAUAGAAGGUAAGGAGGUGGACGGGUCGGAAGGGAAGGAGACGGACGGAACGGAAGGGAAAGAGACGGACGGGACAGAAGGGAAAGAGAUGGAGCCCGAGGUAGAGAACAAAACCAUUAAGGUAGAGCCCACGGAUCCCGGUGAGACCCAUCCCAGUGACAAUGACCCAGAAAAUGACCCCGACAACGACCCUGACCCCGGAGAAGGACCGUCCUCCCUGAUUAGGGUCCCCAAGAUAGGACUGUGCGAACCUAAACCGGGACCGAGCCACAAGAUGAUGGACGACGACGAAGAUGACAGUGAUGAUGAGGAUGAGGAUGAAGAUGAGGAUGAGGAUGAAGAUGAAGAUGAUGCUAACUUGCCCCUGGUAGUCUGGGAGCAGCCCCUCAAAGUGGGCAAGGAAGAGCCCAUGGACUAUGAUGAUGACUGCAUGCCUGGACCCAGCCGAGCCAAGCCCCUGCACAACUGGGACUCAAACAGUGACUCGGGUUCUGAAAGCUCUGUCAUAUCCUGUAGAAUCAGAGAACUUCGUGGUGAAGAUGAUGAGGAAGAAGAUGAUCAAGCUAGGGCUCCGAAACAGAAGAGCAUCUUCUGCUUUAAAAAGAAAGACAUACCUGCUGCUGAUGCACCUGCUCCAGCAGAUGACAUGACUCUCAUUCUGCCUGAAAGUGUUGAACUACAGCCCUUUGGGAGGGUUUCAGGUAUUAUCGAAAAACUAGUAAUAAUUGAAUCUGUGACUGACCUACCACCAGUUUGUGAAGAUAGCAUGAUCUUUAAGAGCAACCGACAUGCUGCCGGAAAGAUUUUCGAAAUCUUUGGCCCCGUUGCACAUCCCUUCUAUGUCCUACGGUUCAGUUGUUUGGAACACAUCAAGAGAAAGGAUAUCAAAAUCCGAGACAUCAUGUAUUUUGCCCCCUCAAUCCAGCACUUCACUCGCUAUAUAUUCACAGACAGGAUUAGGGAUAGGGGUUCUGAUGCUUCCUGGAAGAAUGACCUAGAGCCACCGCCUGAAGCUGUUGAUUUCAGUGAUGAUGAAAAAGAAAAGGCAGCUAAGAGCAAGAAGAAAUACUAUGGACGGAAUCGGAAGAAGCAGAGGGCAGAGUACAGGUCAAAAAGCAGAUCCAGUUACAGCAGGGAUGGUCGGAAGGGUUGCAGACCAGAACCCAGGCAGCUUGCCCUCGAGGAAAACAGCCAGGAGAAUAGGCAGGAUGAUAGACAGGAGGAGAAGCAGGAGGAGAAGCAGGAGGAGAAGCAGGAGGAGAAGCAGGAGAACGAACAGGAGAAGCAGGAGAACAAGCAGGACAAUAGGCAGGCUUCCCGCCAGGACAAUAGGCAGGCUUCCCGCCAGGACAAUAGGCUGGGUGCCCGGGAAAGAACAACUUCCCAGCAGGAGAACAGACAGGGAGCACACAGAGAUCAGAGAAAAGGUGGCCGACAGGAUCAGAGGAAAUCUAACAGACAUGAUCACAGGCAUUCCAGCCGCCAUGAUCGCAGGCAGGAUCGCAGGCAGAUGGUCCAGCAUGAUCACAGGCAGCUUAUCCAGCAGGAUUUCCGACAGGAAUACUGUCAGGAGUUUGGCCAGGAGUAUGGCCAGGAGUUUGGUCAGGAGUUUGGGGGUCAAGAUUAUGGACAGCUAGAAUUUGGGCAGCUAGAGUAUGGGCAGCAGGAGUUUGCGCAGGAGUAUCAGGAGUUCCGACAGGAGUACCAUCAGGAGUACCACCAGGAAUACCAUGCUGCCGCUGCCGCUGCCGCCACCGCCGCCGCCGAGUACCAUCAGGAGUACAGACCGGUUGCUGAGUUCCGUCAGGAAUACCGGCCUGACUAUCAGAAUCUUGGUGCUUAUGGAGGAGAAGCACCCCCAGCUGCUCACUGGUGCCCCCAGCCUCGUGAGGCUGGAAGGAGUUGCUACAACAAACGCGAGUACCACCGAGAAUUCUCCCGGGGCAGACACCACAAGGCCAGCCGCUCCAGGUCCCAGGCAGCUGGGCAGUUUUACAGCGCCGAGCACAGGUUGGCCCAGGAUGCCCCUCCCUCCCUGUUUGCUCCUCAGCAUAGGCAAGACAAUUCUCUCAUGCAGCAUUCCUAUCAGCUGGCUCCUCAGUACUUUGACAUGCACCAUUACCAGGCUCACCCAUCUCAGCAUGUGGCUUGGUCUGGGCUGCCCCAGCAUGUGCACAAUGCACACUACCAGCACUUCCAGGGCCAACAUGCUAGGGGUGGUGGGCACUGCUCCCAGUACAGACCCUUCUACUAGACAGAUCAUGUUUCAUGAGCUCACUACAGAAACAGAUGACAGAGCUCCUAAAAAACAUGAUUCCUCAGUCUGGUCACUAGAGAAAGUGAACUUGAUAAAAAUUAAAACACUUACUGUAAAAUAAUUUCAUUAUUCAAGUGUUCACGUGGUAAAUAUUUGUGUACUUUAGUGAAAUAGUGACAUACUCCUAACAUAAGAAAUUAGAUCUCAGAUUGAAAAGAAAACUAAAAAAAAAAAAACCAAAACCCCUCUAACAACCUAACCCUCCAAAUUAUGUAUCACUUAACUAACACUUUGAUUAUAAUCCAGAAGAAUUUUCUUUUCUUCUCUCCCCCUCAGUAUAGAUCUAAGUAGCAGAAAUAGACCACCUUUCAUCAGAGAUUAAAGUGUGUUGAACCAUUGAUUGUCUUAGAAUACUUGUGUUAAAUCCAGCAAGAUAAGAUUUUGAAGUCCCAUUGAGAAUAUGUGGAAAAAAAAAUAAAGUUUUUUUUUUUUAAACUAAAUGUACUUGUUUGGAAAUGGCUUUUGUAGAUGCAUCAUAUAAUUUUCAAAAAUCUUGAACCACAUUGAUUUGUAAAAUUUAGCAAAUGGAGAUCACAGAAUUAAAAACAUGCAUUCUUUGGCAAUUAAAGAUUAAUGUCAAAUUGUAUAAAUAAAUAUCGUGGCUUUGAACAAAUACAAGAUUAAAGCUGACAAUUAGGAAUACUUUAAAAAGGACAUUGCAAAUUUCCUUAAUUUAGGUUAAGUACAGGGAGAUUCUCUUCCAUCUUCACUAAGUUGGCCAAUUAAAAAAACCAAAACCUUCUAAAGAUGAAACUGUAAUAUCCAUUCCCUAGUGAAAAUCAUUAUAAAAUUUACUUAUUUGGCUAUCUUCCAUUUAUGAGGCAUCCUAAUGAUAAAUAUUACUUUACAACAUGUGUGAGACAUAAAGCAAGAGGCUUUUUAGCUCUAGUCAAAACCUCUCUGGGAUUCAGAUUCCUCAGACUGAAAAUGCAAGAGUCAGACUUGAGAGGUUAUUGAUAAGGCCCCUCAAGAGCUGUGAGGGCCCUAAGAGGCCAUAUAGGUCAAUGCUCUUAUUUUGCCGAUGUAAAAACUGUGGCUCAGGAUGGUUAAAUGACUUGCCCAAGGUCACACAGGUAGUACAAUAUCUAUGCAAACAAAAUAACAAAAAUUAGAACUGACAACAAACAUAAUCCAAACAGUACUACCUAUGUGACUUUAGACAAGUCAGUUAGCUUCUCUGGGUCUCAUUUGUGAAAUGAGUUUGGACUAGGUAGUCUCUGAUCAGUUUUAGAUCUGAGAUCCUAAAGGAGCCUCAUGAAUUACCUAUCUCGUCUAGUCCUCUCAUUUUAGAGUUGAGGAAUUUGUAACCCAGAGAGACUGUGACUUGUGCUUUCUUGAAAAUUGAUUGCAUUGGUAAUUCUAGUCCUAAAUUCUAUCAAAAAAUGUGGUUUUGUCAGAAUAACUUUAGUUUUAUCUCCCCCCAAAAAAUUUUUUUAAAAAGUGAUGAGAAUGCUAUAAUUAAUCUUCCUCUACCAAAUAAUUUAUCUUGGGAAAAAUAAUUCAGGACCUGCCAUACAUUCAUACUGUGUGUGUAGGUUAAGCAUUCAUUGGAAAAACUAGGUACCAAAAAAAUUAGUGUUAUUCUAAAUUUCAAUUCUGCUAGCUUUGCCAUAGCCUUAUCUAUGGUAGUCUUUUUUCUUUUUUACAGGGUCUGAAAUAAUACUUUGUGUCUGUUCAGCCAUACAAUGCCAUUGUUCUAAAUUUGAAUAAACUUACCUUCAAAUCAGUUUUUACAGAUCAUUUCUGUAAUACACUAAUGAAAUUUCAAAGUACACAAGAAAUUCUUGAGGUUCUUGUCAAUAUUAAUCAAAUAAAAAAAUUAGUCAAAAUCUGGCAAAUAUUUAUGGGUUCAUGGAUAUGGAAAAUUUAUAUUGAAGGUGUCUGACAGUAAAUGCACAGCUAUAAAGGUAAGUUAGUAAUUAUUGAUAUUAUCCAUGCAGGCAGCAAAUAGUAGCCUAAUUGUGCUUUCAGGUGAGUGUUCAUUUUUCAUGCAUUAAUCUACAAGACAAAUUUAUAUAUAUGUAUAUAUAUAUAUAUAUAUAUCUGUUAACUGUUUAUAUAUCUUGGAUACCAAACAUUUACCAGAGAAAUUAGAUGCGAGAUUUUUUUCCUACUCAACUACGUCCCUCCUUAUCCUCGAUGUACAGUGCACCUUCCUUUAUAACAUUUCACUUGGCAUUCCUAAUACCAUUUACUUCAAAACUAAAUGGAAAGUCUUGGCCUAUAGAACAAGUGAAAAGGGAUAAACAAGAAAGAAGUGAAAGUUAAGAAAAUUAGUAAACUGAGCUUGAAUAGCUAUAAAUAAAUAAACUGUGUAAGAUAUUCAUUUAUAUUGUAUUAAUUAAGAAGAGACCUUCUUAGUCCUACCAAGUCCUAUCUUUAAAAGAAAACUUGAUGAGGUGAGGUUAUCUUGAGGCAAAUCAAAUUGUUGGUUGGACCUUUAUGGAAUUUAUCAUACUUUAUCAGAUCUAGCUUCUAAUGAAUCAAAUUUUAAAAAUUAUUUAAAAACCCAUAUGUAUGUGGGAAACUAAAUUUUUUAUUUUAAAUCUGACUUGAGAGUUAAAGGCCUGUGAAACUAAAUUUAAAAUUUUCAGAAAAUAUAAUUCACAAAUAAUACAUUCUAGACAUUCCUCUCCCCCUUGAGAAAUUCAUAAAUAUCAUUGUAUACUGAUUAUUUUUAAAAGCCUUUUUUCCCUUUUAGAUUCUUUCCUAUUCAUGUACCAUCAAUUUUUUUUAUUUAUUUUUUUGAGCAUGCCAUGGGAAAGAGUAUAUCCUUAAGGUAGUACAGCGUGCUAAAUGCUUAAUGUCAUCAGAGCAUUGUGAGAGGCGAGGCAAAUCAUCUUGUACCUCUCUAAGCCUCUAGUUUCCCUAUCCAGAAGAUGGGGAUACUAAUACCUAUAGUACUUACCUCACAGGGUUGUUGUGAGGGUUCAAAGAUUAAAUAAGCACAAUUGACAUCUUACCAUCUAAAAGUGUUACACAAUGGCUAAUUAACUAAAGUCUUAAUUAGUUACUGUUUGUGCUGCAGUGGGAAGGCAGUUAAAUGGCAUGCCGUGUAUAAAUAUUUUUCGAUCAUGAACCCCUAAAUUGUAAGGGGGUCCUAUAUGUCCCUCUUAAUUCCUAAACUAUUCAAAUAAAAUUUAAUAUUUUUAGUAAUUACCAAUUCUAAUUUGAUCAAAUGCAUGCCACCCUAACAGUCUCCCAAUUCAGUUCAUAUUAUUUUUUUGAAAGAUACCAUAUAUGAUUAAUUUCCAGUACGUUAAGUUGAAAGACUUUUAAAACCACCACUAAAUAAAAUUGAGACUUAGAAUGAUUUCCUCAAUAUUCUUCCUCACCAGGUAGACCAUAAUUGCAAUGCAAAAUAAACAGGCAUCAUCUGCAUGAUUGAAACAUAUUGAUAUACUACUACAAUUUAGUCCAAUUAAAUGUAUUUCGUUACCUAUACCAGUUUAUUUAACACCUAUUAAAAUGGAUAGUCAGUUGAACUUCUUAUCAACUAUACUCUUGCAUGCUAUAGAAUUAGGGGCAUCUUGGUUUAUAUGUUGAGUGCCAUAGCUGCCAAUUUUUGACUGUUUCUUUAUGAGAUUGAGUGGAUGCUGGGUCAGAAAUAUCUAUAUUGGAAAUACAAUAUUUUAUCUGGUUCAAACAAACAAACAAAACCUAUCAAAAAUUAAUUUACCAGGCAGGCCCCUUAUACUUGAAAGGGGGCUCUGAUUCCAAACUCUCAGAUGAAUAAAAUGGCCUUAGAAAUGUUAACCACUAUGAAUAAAUAUUAGCAGAAUCAGGAAACUUGAGGUUUGGUUGCUUAUAGUAUUAGUACAAAAUACUAAGUAUGGCGAUUAGCAGAUACUAGAGAUGUAGAUGGGCAUACCAGACAAAAUCAAAUUAGUAGUCUGUGAUCAAAUUUUCUUUUUAAGUAGAUACUGCAUGUAGUGUGACAUGUCUGAACUCAGAAGAAUAAAAACCAAGUUAUUUUUUGCUUAUGUGGUAAUAUCUCUCAUAAGUGCAUCUUAUUUCUUGUGGAGACAGAUGCUAUGUCAAACAGAGAGAUGAUCUUAGGAUCAUAGGUGACUCAGAUCCUAAUGGAGAAAAACAAACAAACAACAAGCCCAAAGCAAAAAAUCUGCUUGUUAGCAUAGAACCCCAAUUAAAGAGUGAUGGCUACGUAAAGGUGGUCUCUAACAGGUUUGGGGAAAGAAAACUCUAAAGGGUUCUCAAUAGUGUGCUGGAGUGAAUGUGCUUUAUUCUACAUCCCACUGCUAUUGUAAAGGUAUACCUGCCUGCAUUGUCGAACAAUAUCCCUUCCAAGAGAUGGUUUGACAUUGUUGAGUUCGGUUAUACCGAUUGUGAUGAAUGUUGCUACCCAUUCAAAGCUAAGUAAUUUUUAUUUAAUGUAUAAUUUUCUUUUUGGCCAGCUGUAAAUACCAAACAGUACAAUAUUAAGUAUGUUGUAGAGUAUAUGUAAACAAAUGAAUUUUAAUAUUUCAAAGUUAAAGAAAAUAGCUAGGCAUUAAUUUGAUCAAUACAAGUUUUGUAUGUUUGUAAAUAUAUUGAAUCAGAAAAAUGCAUAAUACCACAAUCCCAGAUAACAGUCAUUUUUUCAUAGGUGGCAGCUACUCAGCCAUGUUCAAGUAGUGUGAGUUACAUCCAGUUGGUUACAAGCUUCUAGUGAUUGGCUGUGUGAUUUCUAAAGUGGUCAGGAAAACUGCAUGAAAGUACAUAGAUGCCUCUAGUUCAGAUGAAACAUCAGUAGACUGCUGAAGAAUAGAGCUCAGUUGAAUGCUUGGACCCACUAUCUUUUAGUUAGUAUAAACUUUUCAAAUUCUUAAUAUGCACCAAAUGGUCAAUGCCAGUCAGUUAUAUAGCAAUGAAUCCAAUGCCUCACUGCAGCAGUUUUAGAAAUAUUCUUUAAUAUUUAUCAACAUAUUUGGUUUCCUAGAUUGUUUAGCUUGAACGCAUCUGUUGCAUCUUAAUUUCAUUCGUUUGGUGAUUAUAAAAGAGGGCAACUUUAAUUCAAGAAGUAAUUUGAUGUCCUACUGGUAUAAUUACUCUAGAUGAUAAUUAGAAAAACACUUAUUGGUAUUUUCUUACUUUAUUGCCAAAGAUUGCACAGAGAUCCAGAUCUCCAGAAUAAAUAAAAAGAAUUUAAAUUUUUCUAAAGUAUUCUAAAAUGAAAGCAUUAUCUGCAAAGUUUAAGUUCUACACCUAAAGAAAGCAAGUGUACAAAUUAAGAAAUCCAUAUCUGUUUAGUCUGUUAAUAAGAAAGCUUUGAACCCUAAUAAAUUAUACUCUUAAGUAGAUAUCACUGACACAACUAUUGGGUUUUUUCCUCUUUCCUCCCCUCUUGUCUUUUAAAUCUGACAUUUACAAAUGUAACAUACACAAAAAGUUAUUCUUAUGAAGUUGAAGAACAUUUGCCCAUUAAAUAAAAUGUUUGGAUUUAUACCCAAACUAUUUAUCUUAGAAAUAUUUUACAGUAAGUUUUUUUUCCCCCUUAGAAUUUACAUUUCAUCAAGGCCCAGCCCAAACCCACUUCUUUUACCAAUCCUCUGACCAUUAAAAAGGACAAUGAUGUAAAUUCAUAACCCAUUCUUCAUACCAUUGAUCUGUUACUUAAUUGUAUGCUGCCUUACAGGGAUUUCUUUGUUCUGAGUCAUUAUUUAACCUUUUAUGUAUGUAUGUGUUUUUUUUUCCCCAACUAGAUUUUAAACUUCUUGAGGGCCAGGACCAGACAUUGUACUUCUGUAUGUAACCCCACAGCACCUAGAUUGGUACUACGUACGUAGUAACCCCUCCAUGAAAUUUAUUGGCUAAUUCUAUCAUAUUUAUGAUCUCAAAACUCUAAAGGCUUUGUAUUGGCAGAGAUGUUGUACAUAGCCUCUGGAGACAUCCACAGAAGGUGGUUGUGUGCCAAGAGAUUGUGAGAGAAGUCAGUGCUCCCUUUGGGCAGUUUUGCUCCUUUUAUAACAACAUUACCAUGCAACUAGAAUCCCAGAUGCAGAUGACUCACUUCAUUCUUUAAUGGAGUCCACUUGUCCUAUUGAAUGGGAAAGGAAGGUGUGAGCUGGACUAGUUGGCUUUCUGAGGACUCUUCUGUGACAAGGAGAUUCUAUGAAGUGAAGAGAGGCAUUUGAAGGAAAGAUGGGCUAGUGUCCUGAACAUGAAGGAAAAAACUGAGAUGAAUAAUAUUUUAAACCAUUUAUCUAUUUUAUGGAAUCUACAGCAGUUGAUAUGAGACAGACUGACUCGGGCCUCUGCCUCAUGUACUGCUAGUCCAAAUUAGAGCACCAAAAUAUAAGUAUUUUUGUGAUUUUCAAUAAUUAUGGAGCAUCUUUUCCUCCCAAAGACUUCAAAUCAGUUUUCAGAUAUCUCAUUCUCAUAACCAAAUGAGAUCAAUGGGUAGAAAGUCUCAUAUAUUAAAUUUUUCCUGAACAUCAUGUCUUAAGAAUUUCCUUUGGAACAUGCUGAAUUGGAGGUCCUUGUAGAGGAGCAAAGAGUGAAGAUCACUGAGUGAAGCAAAAGCUCUCUCAAAUCACUUAGCACUUCUAAGGCCCCAGGGUCCUUUGAAAUUGGCACAAUGUUAGUAUGUCACUCAUGUAAAUUCUGUGUCUGUAAAAGAAGGGUCUAAGGUCCCUUCCAGUGAUAAUGAUGUGUGUUUCUGUGAUAUAUAAUACUGUAAAAAUGCCAAAAAAAAAAAAACCCC